AUGACUGGAAUUUUAUCAGGAAUAUGGAGUAUGCUCUUAGAGGUCAUGUACUUCUGGCAAAGAAGGUUCAUUCAAUGGAUGACUCGAAAGAAACCAGUACGACUUUGGUCAGAUCUUUUAAAAGAUGCUCAUACAUAUGAGGAAUGGGAAGAAGCUGCUUUUCAGUUAGAUGUUUUGUUGGGAAAUGAUUUAUGGCGCCAGAAUCCUACAUCCAAGUACUACGAUUAUCGAUUGAUACACGAGCGAUUGCAAUCAAUCAUAAUAGCCCGCGAAGAAGGAGAUAUUCUACAACUGGUCAAUCUGCUGAGAUCUGGUCUUGUACGUAACCUGGGGAAUAUAUCCGCUCCUCGGCUUUUCAAUCGCGCAUUUGCAGGGACGAAACUCUUAAUCGAAGAUUAUAUUACACAAGUCGCGCAAGCGGUAGCGGAUGUGACUCAAUUGCCUACGACACCCGGCGCUGAUGGGAAUAAUGGAGCGGUGAUGGGCUUUAGCAGUCAGGCGAAGUUGGAUCUUUUGCAUGACACUCGGCAGGCUUUUGGAAGAAGCACAUUGGUAUUACAGGGCGGGGCAAUAUUUGGACUAUGUCAUUUGGGAGUUGUGAAAGCGUUGUUUAAUAGGGGUUUAUUACCCAGAAUUGUAACGGGUACAGCAACGGGAGCGCUCAUCGCCGCAUUGGUGGGAAUUCACACGGAAGAUGAGCUGCCAAAAUUUUUGAAUGGGGAGAGUAUUGAUCUGUCAGCUUUUGCGGGGAAAGAAAGAGGACUCCAAGGUACGAGUGGGUGGUGGGAUACAUUGACGAGGAGAGUAAAAAGAUUUUAUAGGGAGGGGUACUUUUUGGAUGUGAAAGUACUAGAGGAAUGUGUGCGGGCAAAUGUAGGUGAUUUGACAUUUGAAGAGGCAUAUAAUAAGACUAAGAGAGUCUUGAACAUUACGGUGGCUACGAGUGGAAAGGGGGGGGUACCAAAUCUACUUAACUAUCUCACAGCACCCAAUGUUUUGAUAUGGUCUGCAGCCCUAGCAUCUAAUGCUUCAACUCCCUCUCUUUAUGGAUCCUCUGUAACCCUGAAAUGCAAAGAUCCUCUGACCGGCACCAUAAUUCCCUGGUCCGCUGCCGCAGAUGCUACAUUCCACCCCUGGACUCACGCUUCAUAUACUGACCGCGACUCGCCCCUCUCUCGCAUCGCCGAGCUCUUCAACGUAAACCACUUCAUCGUCUCUCAGGCCCGUCCCUAUCUUGUCCCGUUUCUACAAUCUGACAUGCACGGCCCCUCUCGCCUCUACACUCGCGGCGGACGCACCUCUUUAACUGGUGGCCUAUUACGUCUCAUAACCAUGGAAAUUCAUCAUCGACUACAACAACUCGAUUCCUUGCAGCUUCUCCCUCUUUCUAUUCGCAGGUUUCUGGUAGAUGAACAUAUACCUGCCGCAUCCGUAACACUUGUUCCAGUUCUGUCCGCAGGUGAUUUCAUCCGCCUUCUCGAGACGCCUACUCAGGACAGUCUAGACUAUUGGACAUUGAGAGGAGAAAAAAGUGUAUGGCCAGCUGUCGGAGCACUUAAAGUUAGAUGUGCUGUGGAGACAGAGCUAGAUAGAGGAUAUCAGAUUGUGAGAAGGAGAAAGGCGGGAGGGUUACGGCGAAGGGGAAGUGUAGCUAAUGACGGGCACAAUGGAAAGAGGGAGAGGAGAGCUAGUAGUGCGGGGCCGAAGUGGUAA